CAGCUGGCAACGCCGACAAUGACGCCCCCACUCCUGCGCAGCGAUAACUCCAGGAAAAGUAACCGCCCGAAAGCUCGCCUUUCGCCCGUGUGGAGGGUCGCGGCAUUACAGCGUUAACGGCACGCCGAAGCCUGGAAGUAAUAGCGACCCUCCCUUUUUUUGUCAAAGAAGCUCCCCUCGAAGACUUUCAUGCCUUGGCCGACAUGGUGAGAAAGAAGCCUGCCCCGUUGUUGUGUUCGGGGAACAAUCUCGCGACGGUGUUGCUGCUCAAGAGGAUGUGCACUUGGGGAAGGCCGCGAAUUGUCACAUACAACGCUGCAUCAAUUGAGGGCCAAAAAGUGCUUGUAUUCGGAAGGUUCAGAAAGGCUGUAAACGGUCUAGCAUGUGCGCCACCUGCGCCGAUAUGUGGCUUAGAUGCGGCUCCUUCCGACACGAAUUGCUGCUCGGCAGCUAACUUCAUUUGGCAAGUCGCCGGACCGGCCCCAACGCCAAAACUCGGCAAAGCCUUUCACUACCAACCCGACGCGUUCCCAUGCAGCAUGGAUCCUCCAGCCAGCCACUCGCUUUCGUGUGCCAAGUAAUGAAUUGGUCGGGUGAAAGGAGUCUGGAGUUGACAGCAUGACCAACCAAUUAAUCAACUCCGUACAAGUUACAUUCAAUA